CAAACUCCUCUAACCCACUUACUCUCUGCUGUAUAUAUAUAUAUAUGUAUGUGUGUUGUUCGCUCAGCAAAUAAAAAACGAAAAUGGCAAUGACGAUAUAUGUUCCUCCAAUGGCGGAAAACAACCCGUCUGGGGAUUCAACUUGCAAGAGAGAGAGACAACAAAUUUCCAUUCCAUUUAUAUGGGAAGAAAGACCAGGAAUACCAAUAAAGGAUUGGAAACCAAAGCCUGUUGCUACAACUAAUGGCACGUUUACGUUUACACCCCCAGUUAAGCUUAUUGCUUCUGUUCCCUUUGAAUGGGAAGAAAAGCCAGGAACACCACUUCCUUUCUUCUCCCAGACAUCUCCACGCAAAAAUAUCAUUGGCUUACCUUCAACCGUUAGAGAUGUGCAAGAAGGUAGGGACAACUUUUGGGCUGGCAUUGAUAAUUACAUCGAUCAACAUGCUCAUUGUGAAGAAGAUGAGAUGUCCGAAUCAGAAGUUGAGGCAUCUGAUUCUGAAUCAAUCUAUGAAUCCUUCAGCUCAGUCCCUUCACUCCUUGCUAAUGGCCUCAUACCAACUCUGGACAUUUCAAGUGCUGUUCCUGUCGAGCAAACUUCUCCGACAGCACACGUAGGCGACAGCCAGCUGACGGGUCCUCUUUCACCAACUUCUGAAACUGGCAGCAGUCUUCUCAGUUAUGCUACUGGAACUACAAGCCUAGUUGGGACUGCUUUUCUGGAAAAGCUCUUCCCUUUGUUAUCACCUAAUACUAGCUUUCUUCAGAACUGCAGUAACCCUGAAAAAGGAGGUUCUCAUGUUCCUCCAAAAGCACUUAACAACAAUCUAGAUCGUGAUAAGAAUAGAAGCAUCAAAGUAAGACAUCCACUAACUCUAGGUGAGCUGAUAAUGAUGAGCCGAAGAAGAAGUCACCAAAGGAAAACCAUCCAAAUGCAGAAGCGGAGCUUCUCUAAGGAAAUGAUGGAUGAUGAUGCUUUUGGAUGCUGCAUCGCUGGAAUUGGCAACAGCAUUGGCGAACUGCACAACAAGUGGAAGAGGCAGUUGCAACUCAAACUAAUCUGAAAGAUGCGCAUCUUGAUUGACAGUU